GUUAAAAAAAAAAUCCCUCGUCCAGUCGUCCCUCCCGGCCUCUCCUAUCUUGCAGCGGUUUGGUGACUUUGGUCGUUGGUCGGACGGUGAGUGGAACGGCGGCAGCAACAAUCUCCCUUCACUAUUUGUUCAUGGUGGGAUAUGCAUGGAAGUUCUAUUCCUUUACUUCAAAAGGUUGCUAUUCGCAUUUUAAGUCAACCUUGUAGUUCAUCAUCAUGUGAGAGAAAUUGGAGUGUUUUUGAAGCAGUGCAGACCAAGAAAAGAAAUAGACUCACUCCUGACAUGUUGGAAGAUUUGGUUUAUAUAAGGAUGAAUUCUCUUCUGAAAAUCAAGUCAAAAGACAUUGAGAAGUUUAGUAAAGAGUCAAUUAAUUUAGAUAAACUUGUUGAUAUUCAAAUAGAUGAAGAUGUUGAAGUUGAAGAUGAAGAGGGUGCACGAAGGGAAUAUGAUCAGACAUUGCAUGAUAGAGAACUUGGGAUUGGAUCUGCGCUGGAUUCUGAUUAUAUGAACACUCCAAUUUAUAGUGGCACUCUAAAUCAGCUGCGUAAUAUCAUUCAUACUCCAUUCACACAUGAUUCAGAAACACAAGCACCAUUUGAUAUGAACAACUGAAGUUUUUUCUUCUUUAUGGCAUAGACAAUAUUUUAUGGAUUUUAUAGGUCUUCCAAUUAUUUCACUGCUUCUUUAAUACAUGGACCAUUUGAUAUGACAUUUUCUUAUUAUAUCUUUUGUAUUUCAUGAGUCAUAUGACGGAUGAUAUUUUGAUUUGUUAAAUGCUUGUUAUGGACAUAUAUAUACUAUUAUUUGCUAUGAUAAA